AUGUCAUCUAGCGGAGGCCUUUCCCUGCGACAGUCAAGGUCGUCCGCUUCCAAGAACUCGACUGGCGCAAGACAUACACCACCGCCGACAACAUUAACACCCGAAAACCUCGAGGCGCAAUUCGAGCCAUGCGCCGCGACAGCCUCGUUCCUGUUGUACGCGCAACAGAAGACUGUGCUUGUCCUCCACCACGACACCCUUGCGAUCGAGCGACGAUUCCAUGGCCAUGCCGAGGCUGUCCAGUGGAUAUCGGUGGACAAUGCGAGCGAAAGAGGAUCGGGUCGGCUGGCGGUCAGCAGUGAUGCUGGCAAAACAACGAUUGUCUGGGAUAUUCUGACGGGAGGAGAAAUCGCGCGGUUCAGUUCGUACGAGCAUAUGCUGGUUGCGAAUUUUAUGCGCAAUGGCAAUAUCGCUUUCGGAAACGAGAAGGGCAACAUCGUGCUGUUCGAGCCUUCCACAUCAGAGCACAUAUCUGCGCGGACGAUCUACGACCCGAUCACGGCCAUCGCACCAUCGGCAGACUGCAGAACAUUUGCGAUUGGGUAUAUGAACGGCUCCAUACUUAUCGCGACCCUACAACCAUCCUUCACAAUAUUGCACACCCUGACGACGACGAGAGCGCCAUCGCGAAUCACCGGCCUCUCCUGGCACGGUUCAUCUUCAAAGCAGAAAACCGACAUGCUUGCGACUCAGACCCAGGAUGGUGAUCUGCGGGUUUGGAGUGUACCGAAGGCGCCGCAUAGCGAACAGCCCAACAUCAUCAGAGUUCUGCAACGUGCGGAUGUCCCAUCGUCUGGACCGUGCUGGUUUGCAUGGUCUAAGAGUGGGCGCAUCGUUCAAUAUGCUGAAGGCGAAACACGAGCAUGGGAUGUACGGACGAAGAAGGUUUCAUGGGAUCUCAUCCCAACCGGUAACGACGUGAUAGGAAUGGCGAACUUCGGCCCAUCCGCGACCCUGUUCACCCUGAGCCGAAGUCACUUUGUACAGCAGUACGACAUCCAGCCCAACCAAGUUGCGAUGCAGGUGGCCAGCGUGCAGCAUGUACCUGCCAACACACCGCCGACGCCUCCGACUACUCUCGAAGAGCAGAAGAAUCCAUAUGCUCGGUCAGAGUCGUCGACAUCGGAUGCUCCAGUGUUACCUACCUUUACGGAUACUGGAGAGAGCAGCGCAGAUGAGGCUGCUUACAUGUCGCCCAUCCAGAAAAUUGCUCAUGAGAUGGAUACACUUGACGCGCUUCAGUCCGAGAUCCGCGAUAAGGUGAUGCCGCUCAGUCCGACCUCAAGUCGCGCCUCAUCAUCAAGCUCAAGGUCUUCGGGGGCGCGGCGGCGCGGUCGGAAGUAUCUUUACGACAGACCGGACUCAUCCCGCGCUUCGACCAACUCCAGCUACGAGCCCACAGAGUUUUCUUCGGGAACAGCUUCAGCUCGCCAAGGACACGAGAGCAUAUCGAUCCGCUCGGUUUCUUCUUUCGCUUCGGCCUCGAACUCCAGAUAUCGACCCACAACCUUGCGAAAGGAAAUCAUGAGAAGUCCACAAGACGCGCAAGGAACAGCGGCGAUGGAUCUCUUCCCACACACUCGAGCAAAACUACGAGAAGUGGCAUUCCGGACACCACACUAUGGCAAUGCCGCGCGUACCCCAGAUCUCCUGCAGCGCGAGAUGCUGAGCGUGGUCUUUGGCUGGAACGACACUUCAGAGGCCCUGGUUCGCGCUGAGAUGGAACAUCACAGACCAGGCUCUGCCAGUGGCGUGCUGCUCUCAAAAUGGCUGGGCGACAUCGGCGCAGACAGCAUGGCUUCAAUGGUAGGCUCGGAGUCGAUGACUUCGUCCGACUGGAUGUUGCUGGCUCUGAGCUCGAUUGGAGGCGACUCACAGAAGAAGGUCGGCGAGGCCUUCGUCCAGCGACUACUGGAGAAGGGCGAUGUGCACCCUGCAGUGGCCAUUCUACUCGGGCUCGGCGAGCACAACGACGCGAUUGAAGUCUACGUCUCGCAGCACUACUGGCUCGAGGCUGUGCUGUUGACCUGUCUGACUUGCGCAGCAGACUGGGGCCGUAUAUCUUACUUGAUCCGCAAGUGGGGUGAGGCUGCCGUUCAGCAAGGUCAGGCAGAGCUGGCUGUGAGGUGUUUCUCCUGCACGAGCAUUGAGACCUCUGAGCCUUGGUUCUCCCCACGAGCGCAGGACGCGGUCUACGCUGCUCAGCACGAACGGUUCACUCAGCCUCCAAGCGCUGGAGGCAUGACAAGUCCCCCGAACUCUCCACCGUCGAGGUCUGCGUCCGGGCGGCUGACAGUGAAGAAUGCUUCUCUGAAGCUUAUGACGACGUUUGGCGAAAAAGGUGUGCCGGUAGGGGUGGACCCACGAACUCCACUUAACGCUGCCGGAAUCACCCCCAUUGCUCAAUCUGCCAUGCCAUCUGCCCUUUCACCAGGCGGCAUCGAUCCUUGGCAGCAGCGAUCGCGUAUGAUGCGGGACCCUUCUUCUGCCAGGACCGCAACGCCCGGCGGCUUCAGCAGAAGGAAACGGCUGCCGUCACGAACCGACAUCGAGCGCGCUAAGCAAGAGGCAGCGAACCUGACAACUCCCAUCACCGCCGCUCGCGACUUUGCCGGACCUGCUGCUCCAGCGCAUAGCAGGAGGACCUCUUCUGUCAGUAGUAAUCAAGAACCAUCGACAACGCUCAGAACGACGAGCCAGGUCGACCGACUAGCACCGGAUACAGCCCUUCGAGACGACUCUCACCUUCCUUCUCCCGCCCAAGGAGUCUUUACCCGUUUGAAGGACUCUCACGCCCGGCAUGGUUCUGAUGACAGGAAGCCCGAAGGCUUGGCCGUCCAGGUCAUGGAUACACGCUACUCUGAGGCGCUUUCACCUGGCCCAGGAACCGGCGGUAGUCGAGGAGGCGCAUUGACUCCUCCACUCACAGAUGGUUCACGGAGCACUUCGGGCCGCGCGGUCAACAACUACAUCAGCAGCGUUGAUGAGGCGCGAGAGCAGGCCCGUGAGAGGCGAGCACAAAGCAGACGCCGUGGUGAGAGCCGCAAGCGGGACGGCAGCAGUACUGGAAGAGGCACCAGCCGUGGCCGGGAGCCUUCGGAGACACGUUCACACCGCGAUGUGCGCUACAUCAAGCCAGCAAAGCGUUCGCCAUCCUCUCCAGUCCCAAUGUCGCCGGAAGAAAUUGCUCAAGCUACCCAGGCUUCCAAGGUCGAGCCAGCAACCACGGACGACGAGAGCUUUUACAAGAUGGCCUCUCCGGUGGACUCGCAUAAGAGCAUGCGUUCGGCGAGAUCAGAGCCGAAGCCUGAACGACGCAGGCCAUCACUUGCUAAUACCGGUGAAAUUGCUCCCCCGACGCCAGUGACCCGUGCACGCAGCCGGGGUCCAAGCCGACAGCCGAGUCCUGACAGCACACGCAUGAGGACAGACAGCCUCCGGGGCCGCCGAGAGGAACGUACUGUUGGAUCUUCGGCUCGCUCACCCUCUUCUCCACUGCCCAUGGCAUCCGAAUCGCAAGGCAUGAAUGAAACAGACGAUACCAACAGCGACGGCCGGCGCAUUCGUCUCAGGGCUGGCAGCCAAGCAGACGAUGCUCAAUCACGAAGAGGUGAGAGCCGUAGCAGACGGGAGAGAUCAUCCAGUCGCAAGCAAACUAUCGGUGACGAGAGCAAUUUGAGCUUGGCGGUAUCCCAGCUUAGCAAGAGCAGCGUGACCAAUGCUUCGCAGGUCUCGUCGGCUUCUGAGAGCAACCCUCUCAAGCCUCGAGGCUUCAGCAGGAAGGAGUUGGCGGCUAGGGAGUUGGAGGAGCGUCGCCUGUCCCUGGCUCGACGACCUUCGGCACCAAGCAUCCCUAUGCCUGGUGAAGUUCAAUUUGGAGUUGUGAGGCCUGGCCUGGGCCCACGGUCGCAUACCGAGCUCAGCAACAGCCCGACAUCCUUCACGCCGCCAUACUCCCGGUCUCAAACAGUCGAUCCUGACGCCAUGGCCAAGUACGGACGGACUUCUGGCACCUCGACCAUGACUGCUCCUAUUGGACUGCCGGCAACUCCAAGAGCGAUGCGACACCCACGAUACAUGGGAUCUGAGAGCAACAAAGGUGACUUCACCCCUCCCGUGCCGGAGAUUCCUGACAACGCCAGCCAGCUGUCAUCUAUCGGAAGCAACCUGAGCCAGAUGACCAGCUCGAAUGUCGAAUCAAACCUUACCUCCAACUUGACGUCCAACCUGACUGCGAAUACAAGCUACCUGGGAUCCAACUACAGCCACGUGACGUCAAACUCGAGCAACGUUACUUCCAACCUGAGCCAAUUGGCGUCAUCAGAGGUUGACGAUGGUGUCGGCGCAUUGUUGCCCUCUACCGUCUUUGGGCAGAAGGGCCCACAGGCACCCUCGCGCUCCGCUUCGGCGCCGCCGGAGAAGAUGUCUGGCAUUCAUCAUGCAUACAAGCCAAGCCUGCCACAGUCCAGUCGCCGACUAUCACACGUACGCAAGAUAUCUCCGCCAGACGCAUCACAAGCCGUCAAGGCAUCGAGUGGCGCGGUGUCGAGUAUCGACGAGACUCUUGCCGGAGGUGGCGACCAGCAGAUCAUCAUCAUUGCUGAGCCGGAAGACCCUCCUGUACUGCCGGAGCUGCAACAUCUCAGCGGCCCGCCACCUCCACCACCGCCGCCGACCAUGUACAGCCAUCCCAGCCCUCCACGUGGCUCCGGCGUCAUCAGCAUCGCCAUGGACGACAACAUGCCCACCUCCGCCGUCGAUGUCCCGAACACCCUCCCUUCGACGACGUACCCGCAGCCAAUGGAGCGCGCAACGACAGCAUCACCAUCAACACACCGCCGCGGACGAGGGUCGGUCAGCGAGACGUUCGGCUCGCGCUUCCGCGGUUUUGGAGACAGGAUGCGAAGCACAUCCCGCAACGGAGCAAAGUCACCGCAAGAGUACAAGCCUCCGCCGUACGAGACUGUGCUUCCGCCCUUCCCAUACCAACAUCAGCGCGGCGAGAGCGUCGGUCGUGCCAAGAGUCCUUACGAGCAAGCCAUGGCCGCCCAGAACAACAGCACACAAGACCAGAUCCCUCCGCCGCCGCCGCCGCCACCUCCAGCACCUCCCGCGUCAGGGAUGGAAGGCAGGAUCAGCGAAACCUCUAUCCCGCCCUCGAUGCUGCCGAGAAGCCACAGCGCCGCCGGCGGAUACCGCAACCCAAAGGAGAUCAGAGCGAACAUGCCGCCCUCUACUAUGCAACAAGGUGCUCAGGGUGGCUUCCUCUGA